UUGGUUUUCUGUGUUAAAAAAAGAUUUCUGAUAAAUGUAGUGUUAUUAAAGGUACAUUUUUCUCUUUUAAACGUAAUGCAAAAGAAAUAUGAAGUAGCUUCUAUUUUCUGCUGCUUAUCCGAGUCUGGGUUUCAUUAAAGAAUGCUUUUGAUUAAGCGAACCAUGAAGUUAUGAAAGCUCCUGUCUUUAUCCACUAUCUGUCUUUAGAUAGUUGCUAUUACAACUAAGCAACAAGAGGCAGGAAGUUUAAGUAUUGCUAAUUAGCCCAACUUAACUGCAACAUUAUGGUUCGUCAGGGAUCAAUUAAAAAUAUCUAACCAUAGAUGAUGGCUCCGCUAUUUAUAGCUAAAUAAAUAUAGAACCGUGCCUAAUAACUGAGAUAUAAAACUACAUGCUUGCUAUGAUCUCCACUAUUACCAGAUAGCUCAAAGGGGCUAUCUUUUUAGUUUUGAUAGUUUUAAAGGACUUUGCAGACCUCUGCCUCAUAAAGAAUGCACUUUUCCCCUACUGCAUGCCGGUUUGGAAUUCCUUAAUAUAAAGUGCUUGCCCAUGUAUCCAAAUUAACAAGCCAAUAGCAGCAAUAGAACAAAACUAAAAAGGCGGAGCAUUUCUUGUACAGUCCAAUUCUAGAACCCUUUGUAGAGUCAUGUUUAUUACUACUUAGUUGUUAGUUGAUAACUGCUUUUGAAGUUAGAUGACGAUGAUGUUGACGAGUCCUAGACUUGGUGAAGUUAGGUUUGUGAAGCACAAAAAUAAUAAACAUUAAAUUUAUGCAAUGGCGGUGCUUUAGAUUAAAUGUUGUUGUUACUCUCAGUAAAUAAACACAAAUGCUUAUCUUUCCUCACUCUUCUAGAUUUAUACCUGCCCCUUUCAACCAAUCACAGAUCUAGCUUGGUUAACGGCACCCGGGGGCCUGAUACUGUCACUUUCUUCAUCAUUGAGGGCCUUGCCGGCCUUGGCAAAGAAAAGAUGGUGCUUUUUGUCAUCCUCCUCCUGGGUUACAUGAUUAUCCUGGGAGGAAACAGUAUGAUUAUCUUUGUGGCGUUAACUGAUUCCAAGCUCAACUCUCCCAUGUAUUUUUUCCUCUACAACCUCUCCUUUGUGGACAUCAUCUACACCACCAUUACCAUCCCCAGCAUGCUGUCUGGCCUCCUGGUUGGCAUGAAAACUAUUUCUGUGCCGGGCUGCUUCCUCCAGAUGUUUGUUUUUAUCCAGCUGGCUGUAACUGGUCGGGCCAUCCUGACUGUCAUGGCGUAUGACCGCUAUGUGGCAAUCUGCAACCCUCUGCGCUACGCAUCCAUCAUGACCAUGCCCGCCCGGGUGCUCCUUGUCGCAGGAGCCUGGAGCUUCGGUACCCUCUGCACACUGCCGGCCACCUCCAUAGCCUUCCGGCAAUUUUACUGCGGCCCUAAUGUGGUUAAACAUGGCUGGUGCGACCCAUCAUCUGUUAGGCGGCUAGUGUGCGGGGACGUUACAGUAGAUAACAUUAUUUCACUUUCCUUUGCCAUGGUGGCACUUUUGACAACAGGAGUCUUCAUCCUCACUUCCUAUAUCCUGAUUGGGGUUUCCAUAUUAAGGAUGGGAGUAGUUCAGAGGCUGAAAGCUUUCGGGACUUGCGCCGCCCACCUGACUGUGGUGUCCAUCUCUUACAGCUCGGCCUCCUGUGUAUACAUCUCCUACCGGGUGGGAAACAUUCCACCAGAGGUUCGUAUCAUCGUGUCAGUGAUGUACGCUGCACUCACUCCUUUCCUAAACCCAAUGAUCUACAGUCUGAAGAACAAGGAGCUACGAGAGUCCAUUGGGAGAACUCUGAUGAGGUUCAGACCUGCUGCUGUGUUACCAACCAAAGACCUCAACACCGUGACCACAUCGUACUGACUGGGAAAGAAACCCAGUAAUUAGGACUAAUCACUGCAUACUGCCACACCUGUCAGAUGUGAAUAAAGAAUCAAGCACAAAAACUAAA